AUGGAGGAAGAAACAAACAAUUCUGGAAAUACGGCGGAUGAAAAAAUGGAAGUUGAAGAAAUCUUGCCUGGUGUAACUGACAUCAAUGCUUAUACACAGAGCCUCUUGCGUGCUGUCCUGCAGUGCAUCAAGUGUUCCAAUGUAUUACCAGCAGAAGGAGAUGAUUAUGAUUAUUAUGCCAGUUUUCAGGGAUUCCGUGACAUCAUGGAUGUUGAGGGUAAAAGAAUAUUACACAUGAUUCAGGAUAUUAUGAAGCAUCAGCAUGUGAAGGGCAACAUGAUGGCUAACACAGGAAGCAUGACAGAAAUUGAAGAUAAAUUUGAUUUUAUCAUGGAUGCUAAUGACCAGUUAUUGGAAAAAAUUGGAAAUUUGUUAGAUGAAGCUUCUGGUGUAAAGAAAGCUGAAACCUCUCUUGUAAUUACAAACUUUACACCCAAGCAUUCAAAUACGGCUAGCUGGAAUAAAAAGAAUCCCCCAUCAACUGGUGGAAGUAGCAAUAACUAUCGUCUUUUGGCAGCUAGACAAAUAUGUAGGCCUCAGAGCAAGUUUUCUGAUGAUAUCGACAAUAGAAAUCGCCCUUUUGUUCCUAACAUUCGAAGAAAGCCUAAUGCACUUAAGUUGCUUGAAGAAAGUUUACAGAUUUCAGCCAAUGCUGAGGAAUUGGAAGACCCAGAAUUUAUUUAUCCUCAUCCAUAUGCUCAUGAACUGGAACAUUUUCAGAUGGUUCCUCAUCAACUUGAAAAAUGUGAACCACAGGAACCUGCAUCUAUUGAAAACACACCAUUCACAUUUGUAGACACAUCAGAUCAACUAAAGAAUCUUUGUCAACAGCUUGCUGAGCAAGAAAUCAUUGCAGUUGAUUUAGAAGCUCAUUCGUAUCGUUCAUUCCAAGGUUUAACCUGCCUCAUGCAGAUUUCUACACGUAAACAGGAUUACAUCAUUGAUACUUUGGAACUUCGAAAACAAAUAGAACUUCUUAACGAUAUUUUUACUGACCCCAAAAUAGUCAAAGUAUUUCAUGGUGCUAACUGUGAUAUUGACUGGUUGCAGAGGGAUUUUGGUGUAUAUGUUGUAAAUAUGUUUGAUACUGGCCAAGCAGCUCGAGUGCUCAAUUUUAGUCGCUUUUCCCUCUCCUACCUGAUGGCCAGAUAUUGCAAAAGAGAAGUGGACAAACAAUAUCAGUUAGCUGAUUGGAGAAUCAGGCCCCUACCUGAUGUUUUGGUCAACUAUGCUCGUGAAGAUACACAUUAUUUGUUGUAUAUUUAUGACCAAAUGAAAAAUGAACUGCUGGAAAAGGGUAAUGCACAGAAAAACUUGCUAAUAUCUACACUGAAUCGAAGCAGGGAUGUUUGCCUAAGAGUUUACCAGAAGCCAGUGUUUACACAGGAAUCAUAUUUGGAACUGUAUCAUAAAAGCAGGAAAACAUUCAAUUCUCAGCAACUGUUAGCACUAAAACUGCUAUAUGCUUGGCGUGACAGAACAGCUCGUAAUGAAGAUGAGAGUACAGGGUAUGUGUUACCAAACCAUAUGUUGCUACAGAUUACUGAGAUUUUGCCUCGUGAGAGACAAGGUGUGUUAGCUUGCUGUAACCCUAUCCCUCCCCUUGUGCGUCAACACCUACAGGAGAUUCAUAUUUUAGUGAAGCAAGCAAGAGAAAGUCCUCUAGUCAAGGUCCUUAUUCCUACUGAGAAAAAGGAAGUAGCACCUUCUGUUCAAGAUCCAAAAUACGAUGCCAAUAGUUUGAUGGAAUGCCCCCAUGAUUUAUCAAAAAUGGCAUCAGAUGAAUCUGAUUGCAUGACUGAACCAGAACCCCUACGUGCCUCUGCAGUCACAGAAAACAGUGUCAUGACACUGAAGAAAAAACCCUCUUUGGCAGUGUUUGGAUGGCCCUUGGAGACUGCAAAAACCAAAGCUUGUGAACUUGCUGAAACUAUUAAAAAGUCUUUUCAAAAUCCUUUCACUAUGUUUUUCCCAGUAGAUGAAGAAAAUCAAAAUAAUGGUGAUUUAUCCUCCUUUACUCCAUGGAAAUUAGUUAAGAAAGACAAAGUUAAACGAGUAUCUACAAUUUGUGUCGCAGCUCCAGAUUCUGAAACAAUGAGAGCAGCAAGUCAUAAAAGAUUCAAGUCUUCAGAAGAAGAGGAAGAAGAGUCAAAUGAAGUCAUUCCACUCAGUUUCCAGCCAAGUGUAACAAAGAAGAAAAAAUCAGAAAAUACUGGUGAAGAAAAUGAGAACUGGAAUGAGCGAGGAAUUUUUGCCACAACAAAAGGAAAGCUUCCUAAGGGAAAAAAGAUUGAGAUGGUGGAAAUCAGUGACUCUGAUAAUUCUGAUGUGGAAAUAAUUGAAGCAUUGAGCACAGAGAAGAAAAACAAACAGAUUUCAGAGAAUUUUAAGCCAUAUGAUUAUUCACAGGCCAAUUUCCAAAUGUUUGAAGCUGGAUCUGCCCCAACAAAAUCUUUUAAAAAUAAAUUUAAGAAACAUGAUAAAAAGUAUCCAAAAGGAAAGUUCUUUAAGAACCAAGGGAAAAAAGAUAAACCAUUUGCUGACUGA